AUACACACACACACACUAUAUUGCCAAAAGUAUUGGGUCACCUCUCCAAAUCAUUGGAUUCAGGUGUUCCAAUCACCUCCAUGGCCACAGGUGUAUAAAAUCAAGCACCUAAGCAUGCAGACUGCUUCUAAAAAUAUUUGUGAAAGAAUGGGCCGCACUCAGGAGCUCAGUAAAUUCAAGCGUGGUACCAUGAUAGGUUGCCACCUGUGCAAUAAGUCCAUCCGUGAAAAGUCCUUGCUACUAAAUAUUCCACGAUCAACUGUUCGUGGUACUGUAACAAAGUAAAAGCAACUGGGAAAAACAACAACUCGUCCACAAAGUGGAAGGCCACGUAAGAUGACAGAGCAGGGUCAGUGCAUGCUGAAGCGCACAGUGCGCAGAAGUCGCCAACUAUCUACA